AUCUGUCAAUAAGUUAUAUGUCAAUCCGCAGGGAAAAGAAAAUUGGAUUAUUAUUUUGUUAUUUCUUGUUUAUUUAUUAUAUAAACCGUGUGAACGGCGGGCCGUCGUAAAUAAAUGGCGCCUCGGCUUACAGCCUUAGAACGGGAGCACAUCAUUGCUCUACGGCAGAGUGGUUGCCGUAUAGUAGACAUAAGUCGUCUUACAGGAAUUACGAAAAGAACAAUCUACCUGUGGAUCAGACGUUGGGAGAAGGACGGUAGCUUGCAAGCUCAUCACCGUAAAGUUUACAAGAGAGCUACCACCGCGGAGCAGGACGCUGCCAUAGUCGCGGCUCACGCGUCCGACCCACUCAUGAGCACGCGAGUCUCUUCUACUAGUUACAAUAUAUCAAUGGACACGGUACGGCGACGUUUGAGGGAAGCCAUGAAAAAAAAAGAUGAAGAAGCAGGAAAAUCGGAAGCGAAAAAGGAAAAUGACAGAAAAUUAUUUUGUCCAAAUUGUAACACUGAGGUGGAAACUCCGGCUGCUAAGAGGCAAGAGAAUCAAAGAAAAAUAAUGAUAGCUCGAGUGUACCACUAUUUGGCCCAAGAAUUGGAAGAAUUAAAGAAGAUGUCAGGUCCUCAGCAAAUGGAUGCGAUGGCACAGCUUCACAAACGAGCUGCUGCGGCUACUGGCGUCAAAGAAGCGGCAGUGGAACAGGCUCUGAAGGAGGAAGCGCAGAAGAAAGAAGCACGUAAGGAAGCUAAAAGAAGAGUGGCCAUUACACCACGGAAAAAACCUCUUCGAAAAACUGACAAGGUGUCCAAGAAGGCGUCCAACUGGAUUCCCACGAUGCCCCAAGUUCUAACACGCAUCGCCGCCGGAGCGUCUGGUCCAGCCCGCGGCAAGAAGAGACCGACCGUCGCCUCCGCCUCUAAGGCAGCGCAGGCCACGGUCAGAUCGCUGAUGGCCACCGACGAGCCAACCAAGCACGUCGCCAGAAAGAGCGCCAGAGCCGUCGCCAAGCCAAGUCAUUCUGAGGUCAUAAACAAGGCCGUCAGGGAGAUGAAAUAUGGGACGGGCAAGGGGUCCUCCCUGGAUGCGAUCGAGACGUACAUCGGCGCGCAAUACAAGGUAGACGCCGAGACACUGGCUCCGCUGGCGACUUCGUCGGACGCGAAGCCUAACGCUUCUGCGGCCGGUGCUAAGAGAAAAGCUUCGGCCGCGGCAGCUAAGGGUCCGCCCGCGAAGAUGGCGAAGUCGUCAAUCGCCAAGGGCAAGAAGACCCCCGCAACCGCUGCCGACAAGUAAGUCGCUUACGCCGUCGGCAUGCGAUGCACACCAAACAGCCCCUUUUCAGGGCUAAAUAUUUAAUCAUGAAUAUUUUCAAAAUAUUCGUUUCUGUCAAACGAAGAGUCGAAAACGUUUAAUUUCAUACAUAAGUAA